UAAUUACUUUUCAGAAUGAUUUUGUGCUGAGCAUACGUUUCGAGGACCCAUUCCAUGGUAUCAUCUAUAGCGAGAAGGGCUUCCCAAAUUGCAUCUAUGUGAACGCAUCAAUUCUUUCACAAACUUCCUAUACCAUUAAGGUACCACUGGAUGGAUGUGAAACGGCGUAUAAUACGGAUGGCCAUUUGGAAAAUGCUAUAGUGAUCCAGGAAAGUUCUUCACGAGUCAGUGAAUCCGAUAAGAAAUAUUUGCUGACAUGCAUUCCGGCAUCUACAACAGUCAGGCAAGAUGUGUCUCAGUUGUGCGGUAAAUAUAGGUGCCCAGCACGGAGCAGACGUAGACUUACGGGAUUUCUUUUAACACAAAAUUGGUGA